AUGGCAGAAGGAACUGAUUGCAGAGUUUGUGGUGCCUUUCAGAACGAAGGGGGAAUUGACACCUUGCGGUCCUACGGGAAAAAUAGUAUUCCUAGACAAGUUUCAACCGAUACCAAUCAUUACGUUUUACGAUGCUUGGAGUCUCCUUUGGAGUUACGCACAUCGGCCCUCAAAGAAGAUGACAGUAGAGGAACAAAUCAAAUAUCUAUACGAGAGUCAGGAUCGCUUAGCACAGAGUAUAAUGAUAAUACAGCCAGAUCCAAUAUUGCGUCCGAGAACAGUGAACUUCACAUACUCAAAUCAAGUAUCGAAACGGAAAGGCAAAGAUGUGAAAUUCACGUCGAUUCGUUGUCAGCCAUCAGUGAUAACGGAGGUAGUAAAUACAAGGAUGGAGAAAAUACAGAUAUUACGUUGGGCAAAGAAUAUGAAGGAUGUCCUAACACUGAAACAAUUGGGAAAAUGCAGGCAUCCUUUGGGAAACUGCUCAGAGUCGGUUCCCUGAGGGGCGAUGGUUGGAAAAAGAUUGUCCCCCGGAAAACGUGUCAGCUUGUACACGCGGACGCUCGCUUUACCAGUAAAGGAAAAUCAAUUGCCGAAAAUCCUACAACCAUGUCUCAAGUGCAAUUAUUUGAUGCAUUUAAAGAUAAUUCUCGUAUUGCAACCUUGGUUGAUUAUGAAGUUCUUGAUAGUGAUCCUAAAGAACUAAUUUAUCAUAUAAGAUGUGUUGCUGGUUUUGGCUUUGAUCAUAUAAUUAUUAUCGGAGAGACCGAUUAUGGAAUAAUCUUUUUAGACUGCUAUGGUCGUGUUUUUUUGUGGGAAAAUGAGAGUCAAAUGCUAUGGCCACUUGGUAAUUCUCCUGAAGAAGCAUCGAAAGGCUUAGUUAAAGGGGAUCAGUUGAGAUGGUUUGAAGAGAAUGGAACUGUAUAUGAGGCAAUGUUGGGAUUCUGGGAAUCGAAUUAUUGCAAUAGAUUUCUCAGCCGGAGAUCUCAGUUUGAAGAUUCCGAGAAUGAACGUAAUUCAGAAUUGGUUGAUGAGUGGAUAUGA